UCGAUACAACAGCUAAAUUCUCUGUGGGCGAUGGCGACGUCAGCGGUUAGGAAGGUUUUGGACGUUUAUGACGAGGAGUUUGCCACGAACAUGGAAAUUGCCAAGAAUUUGGUCGGAAUGGUACAGAGUCCGAAAGACAAAGAAAUUUGUAAGAAAUGGAUUUUGAAGUUGCGUCAAUUGAAAGCAACCGAUACAACAGUGAAGAAAAACCGAAACAGUUUCUUCAAGUACUUCCUCCAAGUCCUCCACAAGGCAGUCCAAGGUGAAGAUUAUCUCGGCCCUUCUCCACUCGACACUAAAGCUGACGAGAGCCGAGGCCGCGAUUUCAUGUGCCGCUGGUCGAGCGAUAAGCGGACUUACGUGGCGGCUAAGCCCCUCCCAGGCGAGGGCACUCUGGUCUACAUGGCCGUGUCGAAAGACCCGAGUCUUGGAUGGGAAAAACAGGGAGAAACAAUCUAUGUUUAAACUCACCUCUAAGUAAAAAUAUACAAUUGGAACAAAA